CAAAUGCUUGUCCAAUGAGAGACGGGGAUGUUGGAAGGUUAGGUUUUGUACCUUCUCGUACCGUGUGUUAGGAGCGUGAGGACGGCCUGAAGCCUUAGCUAAAGGGCAUCUGUGAUGGAGGCACGAAAAAAUGAAAAGAAUGAAGCCAGAGGAAAGGCAGGAAGCAAGGGCUCACAGGGUGACAAAGCAGAGAUCAUCUCUCAUGUAGAAAGGAUACCAAAUGUCAGUGCCCUGCCCAAAGCAGUAAAGAGGAGAGUGUAUGCGCUGAAGAGACUGCAGGUCCAGAGUGCUCAUAUAGAGGCCAAGUUCUAUGAGGAAGUCCAUGAGCUGGAGAGGAAAUAUGCUGGCCUCUACCAUCCCAUCUUUGAGAAGAGGCAGACAGUGGUGUCUGGAGCUGUGGAACCCACGGAUGAAGAGUGUGAGUGGCACAGUGAAGGCGAGGAUGAAGAGCUGUCUGAGGAGAUGAAGAAGAAGGCUGCGCUGGAAGUGAAGAAAGAAGAUUCAGCCACUGCUGAAGAUCCUAAAGGCAUCCCAGAGUUCUGGCUCACAAUCUUCAAACAUGUGGACAUGCUGGGGGAAAUGCUACAGGAGCAUGACGAGCCGAUCCUGAAACACUUGCAGGACAUCACAGUGAAAUUCUCUGCACCAGGAGAGCCAAUGAGCUUUACUUUGGAGUUCCAUUUCGAGCCCAACAGCUUCUUUAGCAAUACUAUACUCACUAAAACAUACAAGAUGAAAGCUGAGCCAGAUUCAGCAGACCCUUUCUCAUUCGAAGGCCCAGAGAUAGUGGACUGUGAGGGCUGCAAGAUAGACUGGCAGAAAGGCAAGGAUGUGACUUUGAAAACUAUCAAGAAAAAACAGAAGCACAAAGGUAGAGGAACAGUGAGGACCAUCACCAAGGAAGUGCCGCAGGAUUCCUUCUUUAAUUUUUUUAACCCUGUCAAAGCAUCUCCAGAUGGAAUGGAUGAGGACUUGGACUUCACUCUUGCCACAGAUUUUGAGAUCGGUCAUUUUUUCAGAGAGCGGAUCAUCCCCAGAGCAGUGCUGUAUUUCACAGGCGAGGCAUUGGAAGAUGAUGAAAGUUUUGAAGAGGAGGAUGUUGAAGAAGGCGAUGAGGAGGACCUUGAUGAGGAGGGUGAAGAGGAAGAUGAAGGCGAUGUUGACCCCACAGCAUGAAUCAUUUACACUUCCAUGCAUUCCUAGAUAGGAACUCAGCCAGCAGAGUGUCAUCAGCAGUAAGAACAGAGAUGGGACCUGAACUAAUCUUUGUCCCCUGCUGGAUCUGCCAUAACCUCCAUACAAUGCAAUAGAAAUCCAAACACCAUGUAGGAAAUGCAUGAUCAUUUAUGUUUACGUCACACAGAGGAUACCUCUGUAUUCAAAAUACUGCAUUAAAAAAAAAAAAAAGCGACUACA